ACCAUCAUGACCAUGUUAGUUCGCACGCAGGGGGUGCAGAGUAGGGGGUAAUACUAUAUAGUUCCAUACUCCAAGCGGCCCAUCUUUGUCUCCAUCUUUAGCAAUAUUGUCCAGAGGAUACUGUGUUUUCAACAUUCCCCUUUUUGUUGGAAAUGUAAAUUCUGGAUGUAGCCUACGUUUUGAUCGCUGAUCGUAAACGAUCUCGAUGUAAGAAGUAAAAGUUUGCAUGGAGUUUGUAAGCAUUGAUCCCAAAUUGGAUUUUGAUAAUUCAUCAGCAUCAGCAUUAGCAGACUGAAGAAGCAUCCCGCCAUUAUAUUAUUGGAGGAAGAUUCGAGAGAACCAUUGUGACGUAGUUCAGAACGUGGAGAUUAUACUGGAUAUUAAAAAAGUGAGCAGCUAACUUGUCAACCGAUCGACACGCCAACAUCAACUAGUGAUAUUAUUGCUGGAGUGUUGGCCCUGGAACAUAAAUUGGAGGUUUGACGCCCCACGGACUAAUUUGGAAGCCGGUGUUAAAACAAGUCUGUCGUCGAAAGUGAAUUUGUGUCACAGUAAUUAACCUUCGAGAAGGAGAUUGAUUCGUGAAACAUUUUUCUAUCAUUCUUCAAGAAUUGAAAAGAGCUGUAUAGACGCGGUGAAAUUAUUUUGAAGUAUCGACCAAAAUAGUUUCACCAAAGUGACCAAACCACUUUCGUUUAUUGAAACUUUUUCCAACUCGUUUUUAUUUAUUUUUUAUAAAAAAAGGAUUGCGCCAGUUUAAAAUUGCGUGCCAUCUCACCUUAAUAAAGAGGAGAGGAUAGACAAAUGAAGCAGAAAAAAUAACAAUCCUCAUCGAUUGGAUUUUAAUUUGAUUCGAGAGGUUGGAAGAGGGAAAUCAAGUGAGCACGUGUCGACGUUUGCUCAUUGAUUUUUUUUAUACCAUUCUGACACUUGACAAACACAACAAUGCCGGAGCCGGAAGAGGAAUAUUACGAAGAUGACGAGGAAUACGAAGACGACGACGAGGAGGAGGAAGAGGAGGAGGAGGAAGAAGAAGAAGGAUCAAGACACGGAUCUGGGAAGUCGUCUGGAAGUGGAGGAGGCAAGAAGAAGAAGAAUGGGAUCACAAUGGGUGACAUGGAAGUGGUCUUCACCGAGGAGGUCAACAAGAAGUACAUAUGCACGGUUUGCCAACAGAUACUUCGAUACCCGGUACAGUUUGAGGAGUGUGGUCACCGUUGCUGCUCGUCAUGUCUACCUGAGCUACUAAGAGUGUCUCCAAGAUGCCCAUUAGAUCAGUCUCCAGUAGCAAGGGAUAAGGUUUACGUUGAUACAGCAUUUGGAAACGAGAUCGGUGAACUAAGUGUGAAAUGCCCCAACUACGACAAGGGGUGUCCCUGGACAGGGGUACUCAAGGAAAACAAGGAUCACUUUGCAAAGUGUAUGUACGUAGAGGUGGAGUGUCCCAACGUUUGCGGGGCCCACUUCGACAAGAGGUUCUUAGAGACACAUCUGGAGGACGACUGUACCAAACGUAUGGUCCAGUGCGAGUUCUGCCAAAAGAAGAUCUUCUUCAAAGACGAGAUUGCUCACAUGAACGCCUGCCAAAACUUCCCCGUACCAUGUCCCAACGGCUGCAAGCUUACAGAGAUCCCACGCGGAGAGGUAAAAGCACACGUCGACAAAGACUGUCCGAAAUCAAAGAUUCCUUGUCCAUUUAGUGAUUUUGGUUGUACUUACAAGUGUGAACGACAGAGGAUGCAGAAGCACAUCAAUGAUGAGCCAACUGAACAUCUUACAUUCGUUGGAAAUACCAUGCUAAAGAAUAACGAACAACAGCAAAAACAUAAUGAACUUCUCAUGGAACAUAAGGACUCUCUCGGAGUAUGCAUGCAGAAGGUUCGAGAUCUUGAGAAGCUGUACGGAUCUCAGCUGGUUUGGAAGAUUGACAAGUAUGCUGAGAGGAUGCAGGAAGCCAAGCAAGGCAAGAAGGUCACCAUCUUCAGUCCACCAUUCUUGACAAGUCGACAUGGCUACAGACUCUCGGUGUCUUGCUGUCUAAACGGAGAUGGAAAAGCCAAGAGUCACUUCAUGUCCAUCUUUGUGUGUAUAAACCGCGGGGAGUACGACGCCCUCCUUCCAUGGCCGUUCUCCCAUCGGAUCACAUUCACUCUCAUCGACCAGUGCCAGGACCCGACUGCCCGUCGGAACAUCUCCUACAACAUCAAACCAAACCCCUGCAAGGAGAACAAAGCUUUCCUGGGGCGCCCUCUGGGUGAGCGCAACGCCAGCUUUGGCACUCAGAAGUUCGUACCCCUCAACAUGAUCAAGACCUUGGAUUACAUCCGUGACGACACCAUGUUCAUCAAGGUCCAGGUUGACUAUGAUAACAUGAUUCUACUCUAACACUUUCAUUUAUCUAAGCCAGACAACAGAUUCAUAUACUAAUACUAAAAGUUCUCAGCAUGAUGAAGAAUUAGAGGACGUGAUAUCUCAGAAGGUUGACAUGUCGCCGGUUUGAUUCUCACUUGAUGCACUAUUAUCCUUUGGUAAGGCUUUUAUCCUUAUCACCAUGUCCGUCGGAGAAGACCUAAAACCGUCGGUCCUCUGCUUUAUUCGCAAUCAGGUGAAAAUUACAACAGGCACCAUCACAAGAGCCGAGAUUACAUCAGAGUUAACAUUCAUCAGAGUCCGGUGGAUUAUGACAACCUGGAUGAUGAUUCUACGUUAUCACAUCUCACAUGAAUGAGCCCAUUAUGAUAGUGUUAAAUCUAACACUUAUUUCCAUUCAUCAUGAUCUGGUCAAGUUCCUGGAGGAUAUCCCGAGGGUUAUUGUCUUUUUGUUUUGAGGUUCAGGAUAAGAUUUAAGCUUACAUGCCCACGAUGAACAUUUUCGGCAUGUUCGGGGGCGUGUGUACACCUAUUCUUCUUCCCUGAUGGCCUGCAUGGCAGCUUUACAUGAGGGACACUGUUUGUAAUGAAGGCCGUCUAUUUUAGGAUCACAUGAUCACAUUCACCUCGACAAGACCAGAUGAAGCCGUUUCAGGGCUUCGUCGGUUUAACUCGGUAAGAUAAUCUGGUUAGUUAAAGCCCCCUCACACCUGACCGAAUGUAGGCGGACGAAGGGUAACGAAUGGAAAAAAUGCACGAAAUGUACGCGAAUUCAACGAAUUCAAAUAAAAAUUUCGUCAAAUCAUGCGAUCAGUAACUAUUGUCAAAAGUUUUAUCAACGAACGGUAAGCGAAGGAUAAAUAUGACAUGCGAAGGAUAUCGAUUUUUCGCUUCACCUUUUUGAGUAAAUUGCAGCCGAAGGCGAGCUAAGGGUUAAUGCAAGGAGAUAUCACUCUCUCCUUGGUUAAUGUAAGACGAACGAACAGUGAGCAAUGGUUUGAUAUGGCGUGCGAUUAGAAACGAAGACGAGGGAAAAGAUUGGGCGUUCUUGUACGUUUGUGUGCGCUCCUCGGGUGUAAAAAAGCGACCAGAUUCGUCCGGAGUACGGCCGAAAAAGUCAUCCACGCAACAUGCCAAAUUAUCCGUCUGGUCAUUUGCUCGCAUUCGCAAUCCAUAGUCUGUCUUCGUGUAAUGUAUCGCUAUCAAAAUUAAGUAAGUUAGUAUUGCUUUCCCUUCGCAUAGAAGAUGGCAAGCGAAAAUCCGUUUGUCAUAGUAUCUUCGUUUCCAUGCGCAACUCAUAUUUUGUCAUCGUAUUGCUUCGAAGGAUUCUUUCGAGAUCGGUCCACUUUGGCAAAAGCGCGAUGAGGGACUAUGCGCGACAAUAACACAUAAACGCUAAAAGAACGAUUACCGCAGCCUAAAUAAGAGAUGCGAAUUCGUGACCAACGAAUUUUCAAUUCGUCGGGAAAUUUUAAACAUGUUCAAAAUAUCCGCACGAAUUUGAAUAAUCGCAGCUGUUAGUUCAGAAGGUGUACGAACCAAAACACGAAGGGUAAAUAUGAUUUACUAUCAGUUACCAUUGAAAACGAUUGAAAAAAUGCCUUUCGCCAGCCAUCGCAAGGCAUAUUUCAGGCAAUUCGGUUAGGUGUGAGGGGGCCUUUAUUAGGUUGCAGCAGAUCACUGUAGAUUGAUCCAAUAAUUUCCUUGCUGAGCUAAAUCGAUCAGGCUGAACCCUUAAUAGGGUUUGAUUAAAAAUGAAAGAUAAUCAUCCCCUUUUUAUUUAUAAUCAAUUGCGUAUUUAUAUAAGGAGGUAUGUUUACUCAUGAUAAUCAUAAUCUUAAUAUACAUUGAUGAAAUGGAAACAAUAAAAGAAAUGCAUUCAUCCAAUACAGCCUUUCAACAAUAUCAGCUCAUAUAUUUUGAUUGCGAAACAUUCUAAACGAAAUCAAAUGAAUCUGUGAAAGUAAUCUAUGCAAAAAUAGAAAGGGAAAGCCUCAAUGAAUACAAUUCGUUGGUACAUGCAUGUUUUUAUAUUUAUAUUUCGAUACUUUGCUGUAAUAAUGACAUACCGGGGUAUUAAUAUGCUGUAAAGCGCUUUGAGCCGUUAUGGGAAAAGCGCUAUAUAAAACUACCUAUACUACUACUACUACUACUACUACUACUACAACUUCUACUACUACUACUACUACUACUACUACUACUACUACUACUACUACUACUACUACUACUACUACUUCUACUUCUACUACUACUACUACUACUACUAGCCACUAUAUCAUCGGUUAUAUGAAUAUGUGUGUUAUCUAUAUUUACAAAGGUUUGGCAUUAUCUGCAUAUGUAAGUAGUUAUAUACCAUGUAUAUUUACGAUAUUACUUUUGUAUUGAGCUUAGUACAUCAAUGAUGCGCAUGGGUAGAAACGGGCGUUAUUGAUAAUAUAACACCACAAUAACAUUGAUUAAUACAACUUAGUUCAUGUUACGUUGCAGACUAUUGUAUUAUAACAGUCCUCCCUUGCAGCCGCCGUUGCUUGUAUAUAACAUGUAUAAUGUCGGAUAAAUUAGUUUUUAUUACAGAGUGUGCCAAGAAAUUGUAAAAACAAGUACAAUAACAAUAUAAUUUUACUACUUGAUAAUUACUUUGAAAUAUUAGUAAUGUCCUUAUGUGUAAUUAGCCUAGAAUUCUUUCCGUUUGUUCAAAAACUUGUAAUCUACGAUCAAUGUAUCAUAAUAUAUAUCAUAUAAAAUGGUAAUUUCUAGCAAAAAUUAAUAUUCAAAACUCUGUUGAAUAUUUCAGGAUAUCAUCAAUCUUAUCCAUGAUUUAAUUUUGCACUUUAGUAUCAAAAGAAAAUUGAGGAUUUAAAAACAUCAGUGUUACACUUGGCUGUCGAAAUCGUCUUAGAAAUUCCUUAAAACGAAAGUAGAUAUACCAUUAUAAUUGGUGAGUGAAAUAAUUACGGCCUCAGUUACAUCAGUUUUAUUACAACCAUGCAAAAUUAACUGUGUACGUUCAGUACACUCUAAAUUACAGGGAUUUAAAAUUAGUCCACAUGGACUGUAGUUAGGGACCAAUCGAAUUCCGGAUUUAAUUGAAUCCUUCAGAUUCCUUUUUUAAAUCUCGAAAGAUUUAAAUUUAAUUUAAAUUUAAAUCAUUUGAGAUUUAAAUUUAAGUCUUUAGGAUUAAAACAAAAUCCAGAAAUCGAUUGGUCCCUAACUACAAUCCAUCUAGACUUAUUUUAAAUCCCUGUAAUUUAGAGUGUAAUCUUUUGAUAUAAGACAAAUGCGUUAUAAUUUGUUUAAGUUUCAUGCGUCAGUUCAGGACGAUUUUUUCCUCGUUCAGGUAGAAUAAUUUGUCUAUACAUAAUCAUAAUAUGUGAUGAAAUAGCCAGCUCUCCUAAUUUGAUGUGUUUAUUUUACGGUAAUAAAAUGUACAGAGACAAGAUGAA